AUGUCCAGACCCAGUGUCCCGACGCAGGGAUCGCAUGUCUCGAAAGCGCGGAGAGCCGAAGGAGCCAUAGCUACCGCGACCUCUCAAAAGGCGGCACUCGAGGCCGCCAUCGAUGCCGCUGAACAUUAUAUGCGAGCUUUGAACCUUGCCUCGCUGGAGGACAAAAAAAUCCUCGAUUCUAAAUGUAAGGAGCUCCUCACGCGGGCUGAAAAGAUCAAAGCCGCGGAGGACUGGCAAUCGGCUGCCCGCGCAAGAAGCAUUACCGGUCUGCGGGCCCCCGCGUCCAAGCGGAAACUCACCACCCGUGAGGAAAUCAUUAUUUUAGAGGGCGCGAAGCUCAAUGGCUUCAUUUUCCCACCAUGGAAAAGUUCGCCAUCCCCACAAGAAUUUGUGAUCGAUGGUGGGCCGUUCACGGAUUCGCCUGAUCUGCACCUCUCCGAGUGCCAGCAUGAUAUUUUCGCAGGAUGGAGGAGGCCAGCAGAUUUGCUUCGUACAAGACACAAAGCAGACCAAUCCCAUCCAGUUGAACCGGUUAUGGCAGUGACGAAAACAACCGAUCUGGUACAAGACGUCCUGACCGAUUGCUCCGUGGUCGCCAGUCUUUGCGCAACGACUUCACGAUCCGAGCGUGGUCUGGGUAUGCACGCCUCCCCAGUGGUGUAUCCAUGCGAAAAUGACUCCACUGUACCGAAGCUUUCGCCAUCCGGAAAAUACAUUUUUUCUUUCUACUUCAACGGAUGCUUUCGGAAAGUGGUCAUCGACGACCGACUGCCAUCCUCCAAUACUGCAAGAUCAUUGCACGUCAUUGACCGCAACAACCCCAAUUUUUUGUGGCCAGCCCUGGUAGAGAAGGCCUAUCUCAAGAUUCGUGGCGGUUAUGACUUUCCUGGAAGCAACUCAGGGACAGAUCUUUGGGUACUGACAGGAUGGAUUCCCGAGCAAGUUUUCCUGCACCAUGAUGAUGCUACCUCUGAUGAGAUUUGGGGGCGGGUGUACCCGUCGUUUUCCAAUGGCGACGUCGUGUUGACGAUCGGAACAGGCAAGCUGACCGAGUUAGAACAACAAGGUCUGGGCUUGGUCAGUGAGCAUGAUUAUGCAAUUCUACAUAUGAAAGAAGCAAAUGGACGUCGCCAGUUCUUAUUGAAAAACCCAUGGGCGGGGGCUGAGCCGACCGUGCAGAGUAGAAGCCCUGAUCCGUCGGAAUCAUCAAGUCCACCCUCGCCUCUAUCACCAGGAACGUUCUGGAUGGACUGCGAACAGGUGUUGCAGAAUUUCGAGCAUCUCUACCUUAAUUGGAAUCCUGGCCUGUUCAAGCAUCGUGAGGAUAUACAUUUCACCUGGGAUCUAUCACAGGGCCGCGUUAUUGCUGGAUGCUUCGUCAAGAACCCGCAAUUUUCAAUAUACAGUGAAACUGGAGGUAAAGUCUGGCUUCUCCUAGGAAAGCAUUUCAAGAACGCCGAUCACCAUACCUUCGAGGGCAAGGAGUCGCAACAUGAACAGGGAUUCAUCAGCAUCUACAUAUUCAAGGCAGAUGGCAAGAGAGUCUCCCUCAGCGAUGGAGCACUUCAUCGUGGACCAUAUGUGGACUCCCCGAAUACCCUCAUGAGAUUAGACAUGCCUCCGAGGACAAUCUAUACGGUGGUCGUCUCGGAACAAUCGCUACCAUCCUCCAGUCAAAACUUCACACUCUCUGCGCUAUCAAAUUCUCCUGUGUCACUCGCACCCUCAAGGGACAAGUAUACGUGUCUCAAUAAAGCAAGUGGCUGCUGGACUGCCUUGACUGCUGGCGGCAACGCAGAGUCGGCUCGGUACUCGUCAAAUCCACAGUUCAGUCUCCAGAUUUCGGAAAGGACGGAUGUCUCCAUCGUCCUCGAAUCCAAUAGUUCCGAACUUGCAACCCACGUCAAAAUCUUCUGGUCCAAUGGCCAGCGUAUCUCAAGAGUUCGCAGCCGAGACAUGAUCGCUGAUAGCGGUGACUACCGCCGAGGAUGCGCUUUGGCUGCAACAAGAUCUCUCGAAAGGGGUAUAUACACAGUUGUUUGCUCAACCUUCGCCCCAGACCAGCUCGGUCGCUUCACACUCUGGAUAUCGUCUGAUAUUCCUUGCGUGGUACAACCACUGGCUUCGGAAUCUGCCGGUCGCCGGGUCACAUUGUCUAAGGUCGGGGUGCUCCUUCCGGGAAAAGACCGGAUGAUGGCGUCACUACAAGUCUCUCGUCUGACGCGGAUCAAGCUCAUUGCAAGGAACAAAAAAUCUACGAUCGAGUCUAGGUCAGUUGCGCCUUCGCCUGUAUUGAUGACCGUGGAACGUGGACAAGGACCUUAUAAAGAAAUCCUUGCCGCCUCAGAAGACGGUACUCAUUGCGACGCUGCUUCAGGCGUUCGUAUUGAUGACUUUGAUUUACCCGACUCCCCGACCAGGGUGUGGAUUGUCAUUGAGAGGGUCGGAGGACCCGGAGGCCAGGUGGAAGACCAAUUUGAGGUCGAGGCGCUUGCUGAGGAGCGAGUGGAGAUUGGCGAAUGGGUGGUAGAAGAUGCUUAA